GAACUCUGAGCGGGCCGUUCGAACAAGCGGGACCGAUGUGCCCAGAGAAGGAAUGAAGUAUGGAUGUAAAAGAACGUCGGCCUUACUGCUCCUUGACCAAGAGCAGGCGAGAAAAGGAACGGCGGUAUACGAACUCGUCCGCAGACAAUGAGGAGUGUAGGGUCCCCACGCAGAAGUCUUACAGCUCCAGCGAAACCUUGAAAGCUUUUGACCAUGAUUCCUCGCGGCUGCUUUACGGAAACAGAGUAAAGGAUCUGGUCCACAGAGAAGCAGACGAGUAUACUAGACAAGGACAGAAUUUUACCCUAAGGCAGUUAGGCGUGUGUGAGUCCGCAACUCGAAGAGGAGUGGCAUUCUGUGCAGAAAUGGGGCUCCCUCACAGAGGUUACUCCAUCAGUGCAGGGUCAGAUGCUGAUACGGAAAACGAAGCAGUGAUGUCCCCAGAGCAUGCCAUGAGACUUUGGGGCAGGGGGGUCAAAUCGGGCCGCAGUUCCUGCCUGUCAAGCCGGUCCAACUCAGCCCUCACCCUGACAGACACGGAGCAUGACAACAAGUCCGACAGUGAGAGCGAGUUGGCACAUGACGAAUACUGUCUGGAAUUUGGAAUUGGGAAGCCAAGUUCUGCUGUGACUCAAGAGGGUGACAUAAGCAAUGAAGAGGAAGCGAAUAAGAACCUAGGGAUUGCAGAGCAGAACCAGAGACUGUUUUGCACCUAUGUAUUUUAUUUGCUUUCCAUCAGGACUCAAAACAGCCAUAGCCCAGAUUUUCCUGUGCAAAACUAUGGAGUAGAUCCUAUUCCCUUUCAACUCGAGAGCCGCAAACAGUGGAGUUAUGUAGGUGCCUUGUGCAAGGUGCCUAAGAUGGCCUCACACUGGCCAGUGCCCUUUGGUCUCAUGAAGACAAAGGACUGUGACCUCAACAGUCCAAGUCAGCAGUUGCAGCAGUUGCGUUGA